AUGUCAUGUCGACCGAUACUUCGCGACCUUAGAUGUCGAAAUGACAUCGUCUGCCGCUCAUGUUUGACUGGCCGCGCAAAGCAGCCGGUGCAGGCUUGGUGGGCUGCUUCAUACAGCUCUCAGGCCUCUAGAACAGUGAGCAAGGCAAGACUACGACCCCAAUCACGACUCAAUGCGGACAUCACCCGCCAACCGACUCAGGCCGAACUGGCUGGCUACCUGGAGGGCCUAAAGAGACUGCAGGCCUCGGAAAAGAAGCAAAGCGAUGGAGACGACUUUUCUGUCCGAUUCUUCGAGCAGGGCGAUCGAAGCCGGAAAGAAUUGUCCAGUGAGCACGCCUUUGGGGAAUCCCUAAGUGGAACUGAAACUGCCGAAUUGCGGGACAAUCUCUUCAAUUUAGGGAGAGGGCUUCGCAACCCAGAAGAGAGAGAUGCCUUUGGAGAGGUUCUGAACGAGAUGGGGGGCGACUGGGGCAAGGCCAGCUCUGCGGACGACGUUGAGAAACUCAUAGCGAAAUUGGAAGACUAUGCACGGUCGAUUGACGAUAGGAUAAAGGAAGAAAGUACCAAUCUUCCGAGGGGAGUGUUGGAGCAGCUUGUUGGGGAUGUGCCGGAGCUCUCAUUGGAGGAGGGUACAUCCUCUGACGGAACUCGAGAUUCUAUACCGCAAGUCCUGAUAAACCCAGACGAGAUAACAACCAAUCGACGCCGAAAACUUAACAAAUUCAAUUCUAUCCUCACCCGAUUCGCUCUCGCGGAGAAAGAAUCAGGCUUGAAGCCAAAAGCAGUACAGUCGUUAUACAAAGCAUAUCACUCGACCAGAUUAGCCUUGGCUCAAAAUUGGAGGGACGUCCCCCCCGCUUUGUGGCAGGUCCUCUGGAGAGCAUUUUCGAGUACAAAAGACAGCGCCAAUAGCUUAUCACGUAUUGCCGUUCUGGCCAGAGAUAUGAGCGAUGCCGGGGCCACGCUUGACCCUGCACAACAGGUCCUCGCCAUUGAAGCCAUUUUUGUCGACGGAUGGGAGUCCAAGGCCAUGGAGAACUGGAGGCGGUCUAUCAGCACGUUGGGAGCCGAAGAUUCAGAGACAUUUCAGAACUUUUGGGAGCUUGGGGCAAGGAUAUACUGCCGUGUGGGUGAUUUGGGCCAAGCGGAGAGAGCAAUAAAUAAGCUCCUCAGUCGCAAUAUGAGCCCACGUAUCUUGCUUCCGCUUAUCCGGACUUGCUGCAACCAGGGAACCGAAGAAGGCAAACAAAAGGCAUGGACUGCCUACCGCCAAAUGAGACAGCUUUUGGGCAAGGAUAUGGGGCUCUCAGACUACGACCAAGUAGUCGCAUGUUUCUUGACUGCUCACCAAGUUGAGAAUGCCUUGUAUGCCUUUGUGGACAUGAUGAGUGAGGGCCAGAUCGAUCUGAUGAGUCAAAAGUAUAUGCCUUCGUCCAUUGCGAACAAAUUCUUCCUGGGCAAAUGGCUGAAGCGACUAAUCGGCGCUGGCGACUUGGAUGGUGCUUUCAGUGUGGUCGAGUUUAUGAGAGGAAAGGGCGUGGAGGCGUCACCGAUACAACUGAAUGGACUUAUUGGCGCUUGGCAGCGGUCAGGCAGUGCUGAGAAUUUUGAAAAGGCCGAUGUCCUGGGAUGGCAGAUGGUCGGAUCUAGACUCAAAUUUGUCGCUCUCAGAAAAUCUCACGGUGAGGACUCCAGCAGCAAUGACGCAUCAUCACCGGAAUCAACCCUGAUGAAUAUGCCACGUGCUACCAUCGAGACCUUCUCUCUUCUUGCCGAAAACUAUCGCAUGCGAAAUCUCCAUGAACGGUUGGAGACCUUGUGGAAUGCCUUCCGUGAAGCGCAGAUUAGCCCAGACGCUUUCAUGAUGAACCAGCUUCUCGAGUCGCUUAUUCAGGAGGGCCAGCCCCAAGAAGCACUGGCUCUCUACCACUCUCUCAUAGAGAACAGCAAAGUUGUGCCCGAUCCAUAUACGUUCAGCGCGCUUUGGAAGACAGUUGGGGCGAAUCGUUAUCACAUGAUAAUGGAGCCCGAGACGCAAAGAAAGGAGGCCGAGGCCACACGAGCCAUGUUUAAAGAAACCGUCAAGCACAAGGACGUGUUCCAGCCCGAUGGCAUUGAUGGGCAACUGGCUCGCAAAAUCCUCCACACUUUCCGCCGCCUUCAAGAUAACGCAGGCUUUCUCGUUGCCCUAGUCGUGUUUAAAGAGACGUUCCGAUUCCUUCCUCCCGAGACGCUCGUCAUGGAAAUGGUCCUCGGUACCACCAAGCUCUCCUUGGAUACGCCAUCUCAACGCAGCAAGCUGAUGAGGGCUAAGCGAGGGAUUGACGGCGAGCUGCGAGCCUGGGCGGAUUCCAACGGGGCGAGCCUAGAAGGCGACGAGGAUCGCGGCGCUGCGUUAUACGCCUUGUUGCAGAAGAAGUUUUGGCCUGCAAAGGGCAACGAAGAGGACAAACGGGAGAUAUUUGUGGAGGUGGCGACGCAAAUGGGGGCACUUGAGUUGCUAGGAUUGAAGAAGAGUGCUAGCAGAGGGUGA